AUGCCAGAGUGGGAGCCGACUGUGACACUUGGCUGUCAGGACAUAGACAAGAUGAAUGAGAAUGGACAGCGGCUGCUGGAACUGUGCUACCACCACGGACUGUGCGUGACGAACACUUCAAUCUAUAUAUCCAUCUGUCUAUCUAUCGCCUUUCCUAUCUAUCUAUCUAUCUAUCUAUCCAUCUAUAUACCCAUUUGUCUGUUCAAAUCUAUUUAUCUAACUCUUAGUCUGUAUCUAUAUCUGUCUAUAUCUCUCUCUCUUUCUCAUAUCUCUCUCUAUCUAUCUAUCUAUCUCUCUAUCUCUUAUAUUUUUCUAUCUGUCUGUCUGUCUUCUAUCUAUCUAAAUAUCUAUCUAGUAUCUAUCUAUCUAUCUAUCUAUCUAUCUCUGUCUGUUCAUAUCUAUAUGUCUGUCUGCAUGUAUAUCUACCUAUUCAUUUAUCUCUCUCUAAGUCUGUUCCUAUAUAUAAAUAUAUAUACUCUUAUAUAUCUAUCUAUCUAUCUAUCUAUCUAUAUCACUCUUAGUCUGUUCAUAUCUAAAUAUCUAACUCUUAGUAUCUAUCUAUCUAUCUAUCUAUCUAUCUAUCUAACUCUUAGUCUGUCCAUAUCUCUAUAUCUAUUCAUCUGUCUGUCUAUCUCUCUAUCUAUUAGUUUUUUCAUAUCUAUCUAUAUAUCUAUCUAUCUAUCUAUCUAUCUAUCUAUCUGUCACUUAACCUGUACAUAUCUGUCUCUCUCCCCAGUCUGUAUUUACCCCAGUCUCUAUCUAUCUACCUCGUUCCGUCCAUAUCACUCUGGUUACACUAUCUUUGGUGUGCAUAUCAAUGCACGCAUAUUUAGUUCUCUCUAUAUCACUUUGUCCGUUUGUGUCUCAUUCAAUCUGUUUCUCUCUAUUCAUGUGUGUCGAUCUUACUGUUCUCUUUUUUUUUUUUUUCCUGCUGUUCAUGCACGACACUCUGCCUGUGUAUUUUCAUACCUCUAUUCCGAUCUGCCUCAAUUUCUUCACAAUAGCUGCUCAUACCGUUUCGCAUACGUUUCUACAUAUGCAUCAAUGAAAAUCUAUUUAAGACUGCUUGUAUUUUGUCGUGUCCAUUUUCACGCAUCAAUUCGCACAAUUGCAUACAUGUAUGCAAGGAGGUGCGCAUCUAUGCAGUGGCGUGUGUUGGGUAAUUAA